AUGAUAGGGGCUUCUCUUUUGCUAGGUGCAGUUCUUGCCGCUCCGGCUGUCUCCCACGCCGAUCUCCACACAAUUAAGGCGCUCGAUGGUCUCACCUGGGUCCCGGAGCUUCCGAAGCGUUUUAUGGGCAAGUCCCUGGACGAGGUCAAGGCUAUGUUCGGUCCCCUUGUUGACACGUCCAGACCUGCAAUUACCAUGAGGCGCAGCACCACGCCUCCUGUUGGGGCCCCGGAGAGUUAUGACUUCCGCGACGAGUAUCCUCACUGCAUCACAGAGGUCGUUGAUCAGGGCAACUGCGGAUCCUGCUGGGCCUUCUCCUCCGUCCAGACCUUCGCAGAUCACCGCUGCAGGAGCGGGUUGGAUGCCACGGGCGUUAGCUACUCGGUUCAGUACGUGCUUGACUGCGACCGCAAGGACCACGGCUGCAACGGCGGCGAGCCAGUGAACGCCUUCAAUUUCCUCCACAACACGGGGACUGUUCUGGCUAGCUGCGUGGGGUACACGGCCGGAGACGAUGCUGUCGUCAAGUUUUGCCCCCAGAAGUGCGACGACGGAUCCGCUGUGGAGAACGUCGUCGCCACUAGCGGGUCGAAGUCCGGGUCUGCAAUCGACGUCCUUCUCGCUCACGGCCCCGUUGUAGCGACCUUCAACGUCGCGCAGGACUUCAUGUAUUACAAGAGCGGUGUUUACCAGCACAGGUGGGGGCUCUGGCUUGGCGGCCACGCCGUAGAGAUAAUUGGGUAUGGCGUGACAGACUCCGGCCUCGACUACUGGACUGUCCGCAACUCCUGGGGCCCUGACUGGGGUGAGGACGGCUACUUUAGAAUCGUUCGCGGCGGCGACGAGUGUGGCAUAGAGCACGAGGGCUUCCACUAUGCAGACGUAGAGUGA